AUGACCUUGGGAGCAUCAGCCCCUGGAGAGGUGGGGCAUGGGUUUGACGAACGCCAAACACAGCUGGCAAGGAAUCGGGGUUCAUCAUCUGCAACCUUGGAAAUAUUCAGAGUUUCUAACACAGCAGAUUUUGUGGUGGUACUGGGGAUCGGGCGAGAGCGUACAUGGCAUUGGAAGCAACAGCCCCUGGAGAGGCGGGGCGUGGGUUUGACAACGCCAAACACAGCUGGCCAGGAGUCGGGGUUCAUCAUCUGCAACCUUGGUAAUGCUCAGAGUUGUAACACAGCAGAUGUUGUGGAGGAUGUCAUCAACUUGUUCAACGUUAGUGUUGGAAGCCCUGUCCUGUCUUCGAACAAGGAGCCAUCCUGGCGGCUGCUUUUGUUCUUUAGGUCAUUUUGGGAAGGGGGAAGCACAUCGAGGCACUAUGGCGGAGCAGUCGUGCAAGAAUGA